AUGGAGGAGGACUUAGAAGUGUUCCAGGAACAAGCUGUGACUAAAGUUUCUCCAUGUGAAGCUGAACUUCAGGAAUUAGUGCAUCAAAUUGACAUCAUGGUAAACAGAAAGCAAGUAGAAUGGGAAAGAAAGAUGAGAGCUUUGGAAGCAAAGAUGGAUAUCCAGGAUCAAGAAUUAGCAAGUGCCCAAAGUAAACUGGAUCAAAAAGGUCAAGAGGUGGGACUACUUCAACAAGAAUUGGAAAACUUACAGAAAACUAAAAAUGAAAUGGCUCAGAGUUACGAAACUCAGCUUCAAGCACUGAAAUCUCAAUUUUCAAAGUUGAUACAUAGCUAUGAAAAGCUACAGUCUUACCAGUUAAAACAAAAAAAGCUCGAAAGCAGAGAAAAAUGUGAGGAAAAUCUGGAGACAUCAUCUAACCCAAGGAAUUUAUAUGUGAAACUGGAGGGAUUUAAGGCAAAAUCACAGGAAUGGGAGAAGAACGGGACAACCUGUGUGAAUAACCCUGUUUAUGGAAAUAUGCAACAAAAAUUAUUGCCUGAGAAAUGUAAUUUAUUUCAGAGGGAGAGCCAGAAUUAUCAACUCCAAAUAUGCAAUAAGAAAGAAGACCAAGAAGAGCUAAUUACCUAUACCCAGCCCAAAAGUGAAAAUGAUGAUUUGAUUAUUGAAAAGCUAAAGGCAAUUGUGAAUGAAAUAGCAAGAAACAAGAACAAACUGGUAGAGGAAAACAUGAAACUCCAUGAGGAUCUAAAAAUUUACCAAAAUCAGUGCCAGAACAUGGAGGCAGAUAUCUCAGACAUGAGAAAUGAGCUUCAGUCAAGGGAUGAUCUCUGGAGAAGGAUACAACUGGAAUGCCAAAAGUUGUAUACAGAACUAUUGAAAAUCAAGGAGUACAAAGAUAUACAGGAAAUUCAAAUAAAGCAUCAGUCAUCUCAUGUUCAGCUUACUGAGCAACUAGAAAAUAAAAACCCUGAGUUAUUGCUAUUUGCAGAAAGUCAAGGAUGCCAAGAAGAAGAGCUGAACAAGAUAAGAAACCAUGUUUAUCGAGAGGAGCAGUCCCAUUGCUCUGAGCAGGAAAGAAUGAAGACAGAAAUCUCUGACCUGACAGAGGAGCUUCAUCAGAAGGAGAUCACUAUAGCAACUAUCAUGGAGAAAGCUACUCUUCUGGAAAGACAGUUAAAAAUGGAAUUAGAGACAAAACACAAAUUGUUAACAAAACAGCAGUUGUUGGAAUUCCAUUACCAAGUUAUCAAAUCUGAAAACACACAUCUAAAAGAAAUGAUGGAAAACCAGGAGUGUGAAAGUUGCAUGUAUUUGGCCUUGCACUCUGUGUGGGCUAACCCAGCUGAGCAGCAGGGUUUAGUGACAAGGACAGAGAGCACUGGGCUGAUGUGGCUUUACUCACUGCUUCUGAAACUGAAGUGUAUAGAUUUAUGUAACAAAGAACAUGGAAAUUUCACAGCUUCUGUUCACAAAAUGAAGCAUGAGAAUUUAAGACUACAAAAUAGCCUUGUUAAAUCACAAAAUGACACAGGAACAUCUAUACUGAGUUGCAUGGAUGCAUGCAGAGAAACAGAGCACAGCUGCCAAACCCAUUCAAAGGUGCAAGAAAAGGAAGAGAGAUCCUUCCAAAAUAAAGAUUCAUGGCAAGUGGAAUGUCAACAGACUGCUAUGCUCACUGCUGGUGGAUACCACAGACACUGCACUCCUGCUUUGUAUGGCCACUGCAAUACCACUGGUUCAAAAAGUGAUAGCACUUUAUCUUCUCAUCCACUUCACAGAGGCCAUGAAAAGAAAAUAGAUUCUAAAUCUCCCUUACCACCAGUGGGGUAUCCUUUGGGCCUUCAUGGGGCAUUUCCUGAAGUGGGCAGAACAGGCAGCUUUCAGAGCCCUGCUUACAAUGCGGAAGAAAUCAAAUUAUCGUCUCCCCCUGAGAGGUCCUUCCUUGCAACAGCAGAAAAGUUCCUUCAAGAGGAAGAGAAACACGCCAGAGAAUUUGAAGAACAUUUAAAUUCACACCUUGAAGAGCUGCAAAGAUAUUCUGAAAAUACUCUAAAAAAAUAUGCCAGGAUGCAGCAAAGCAGGCGUACUUAA